AUUCUUAGGUCGGAGCUAUGCUCUACAGUGUCGUGUAAUUAGUUUUCUUUCCACAUGUUUCAUUCGUAAAGCAAAUUAAUAAGUAUUUAAUGCAUCCUUGCAAUGCAUCUCUGUGCUUGAAAUUUCACGUGUGGCAUUUAUUUUUGUUCUAAAGUUAAUAAGAAAUAUACGAAUGUUUGUAAAAUAUUCACAGUUCUUGCUCUUCUUUCAUUCGAUAUUUGUAAGAAAUUAUUUGCAGAAUCAACUCUGAAUGUCUAAUUCAUAACUGAUAAGCUUGCGUGAAGCUUGUCCAUCAUUCGUAGAAAAUGGCGUCUUUACGGACUAGGGAAACAUAAUAACUGAGAAAGAGCAUAAUAGUUUGCAGCAGAUCAGUGUAAAAACUACAUUACAUUUUAACGUUACAUCGCAUACGAUUUUUUAAUGUUUAUUCGCAAGAAAAUUUUAUAAAUUUAUACGAAACGAGAAAAUAAGUUCUAAGAACGAGAACGAGAACGUUCAAGAUUAAAUUGUCAAUAACAAGAAAGACAUUAAUACAGAAAAUGAAGUGGUCGUCAUCGCAUUUCACGCUACCAAUUUUACUUGGCAUUUCUCUAACAAGUGUUAGCAUUGCUGUGAUAUACUUGUUAUACAAAAAGGACGAGGAAGAUUCGGCUGCCAGAAAAAACGAUGUAGCUUUUUUAAAAAGAGUAGCAGUGGAAUAUAAAGUACCUAGAAAUGUUGUACCUGCUGUUAUUGGAAGAGGUGGAUGCGUAAUAAAAGAAGUGGAAAAGAAAACAGGAACACGAAUAUAUUUUAAGGAAGAUGAUCUUGAAUCUCCAAAUCGUAUUUGCCUUAUAAGAGGCCUUUAUGAAAACACGCAAUUGGCUCAAGAAAUGAUAAAGUCGAUAAUUGACAAUCAACCUAUUAUUGAAAUAUAUGAAAUAUUUGUACCAAAUAAAGCAUGUUCAAAGAUAUUAGGAAGAAAUGGAGAAACUAUACAAAAAAUUCAAACCAUUACGGGUGCAAAAAUCAUAAUUGAAAGCUGUGUUUCUUAUCUACAAAAUGCUGAAAGGAGGAUUAUAAUAAAAGGAACUGCUGAACAAAUUGCUGCUGCUUUAUUACAAAUUGAGGAGAUAGUUAAAAAAUUUAAAGAAGAAAGUAAAGAUGAAGAAAUUGCAAAGAAGGAGUUAUUUGGAAAAUUGGAAUCUUCUUCUGCAGUAAAGUUGCCCACUCAAACGAUUAAACAUUCACAAUCCAAUGAAUCCUUGUCAUUACAAGGUUCGAUUUCAGGUACUGAUGGUAUAAUGGAAGUAUAUGUAUCUGCAAUGGAAAGUCCUAACAAAUUCUGGGUUCAAAUUGUUGGUCGGGGAACUACAGCUUUAGACAAAUUAGUGUCUGACAUGACUGCUUAUUACAAUGAAGAACAAAAUCGUGAGUUACAUAAACUAAAAGAUAUAACACCCGGACAAGUAUGUGUAGCAAAAUUCAAUUAUGAUGAAAAAUGGUAUAGAGCUCACAUUAUAUCAGUUUCACCUGAAGAUAAUGAGUGUGAAGUAUUUUUUAUGGAUUAUGGAGAUCUCGAUGUGGUUCAGUUUGAAUUCAUAUUAGAUAUUCGACUAGACUUUCUAAGUUUGGCCUCGCAAGCAAUGGAAUGCUGUUUGAAUAAUGUUAAACCGAGGGAGGUGGGCUGUUGGAGCGUUCAAGCGUGCGAGAGAUUCGCUGAACUUACUUCGCUGGCACAGUGGAAAAUUCUGACGGCUAAAAUUGAAGGGUACAAAGAUCGGAUUCGCACCUAUGGAGAAUCUCAGCGUGAAGUGACUGUCUACUGCCUCGAUCUUUUCGAUAAAGACGACGAUAAGGAUAUCAAUGUCGCUUUGGAACUGAUAAACGAGGGCCUGGCGGACGCGGUAGAACCUUUAUUGUUAUCCAGUCGAUCCACGUCCCGCCCCUCGUCCGCAGCUUCGGUAGAGAAGCGAGCUUCGACGAAAAUCCCAGCAAAUUCUUCGCAGAAAAUGGAUUCGAGCGUCGAGAUGCUGUCGUCGACGCUGAACGCGACUGUAGACAUCGAUAGGUCCUCCUCGAUAGAGGAAAUAAAUACGGCCACGCCAAGGAGACCCGUAAAUCAGGUCGAGGAAAUCGAUCUCGUUACACCGGUGAAGAUCGAAACGGGCAGCUUCAUUGAGAACGAGAGAAAAGACAGCGGCGACCACCUGCGAAACGGAAGCGGCGGAAAUCAGUAUAAUAUACCAUCUGACACUUCUUUGAACACGAAAAUCGUGGUGCGAGUCGCUCCUGCCGGAUACGAGAGUGAUUUCUCCGACGACUCGAACGACCUAGAACUGGGGCGAACGGUUUUUCGGAGCCUCUUGUCAACGAGUAAAAGUCGGAACCGUUCGGGCGACCGCAAAAAACCCAGGGCAGAGCCUUCGCAGACGCGGAGGAAGAGGAAGGAACGGUACCGGAAGCUGCUUCGCUGGUACGACUGUAACAUUGAUUCUUUUGUGCGGCGUCUACGGAGCCUCGGCGGGCCGUCGUUACAUUGCUAUACCUGUGGACGGGAUCGAUGUGAUCGAGCUGAGUCCGGUCGUGGCGAGGAUCGCCCGGCAUACCGACGGCUACGUACCGGCCCCGGCUCCGAGUAAUCAUCAUCAGGACGAUCCGGAGGGCCCGCGUUUCGAAAGGUCCGUUAAUCCGAUUCUGGAUUACGUGGAUUUCGGCGGGUACACCGGA